AUGGCUAGAGAAAAUGAGCCUGAGAGGGUUGGCUCAAUGCAGCAGCCAGACACGGCCCUAUCCCGGAUGGCGAGAUCUGAUACUGUUAUCUCAACCGCGGAGGAGGAGCAUGCUGAAGAACUCUUCACCAUCAAGAUUCAGGUGAAAAAUGAAGUUAUUGGCACAAUCUUCGACACUGGAAGCCAAAAGAACUUAAUCUCGUCAAGUCUGGUGGAACGACUUGGUUUGGUCACCACACCACAUCCUCGCCCAUAUCCAUUGGGAUGGAUUAUAAAGGAUGUUGGACAACGAGUGGACCGCCAGUGCAAGGUGAAGUUUGCCAUCACCUCUUGUUUUAUUGAUGAAGUUAUUUGUGAUGUUGUUCCACUUGAUGUUUGCCAAGUGGUUCUUGGAAAUCCAUAUUUGUGGCUCCGUGAUGGUCACUACCAUCGACGAGCACAAGAAUAUGAACUCACAAAAGACGGGAAGCAGUUUGUGAUCACUCGGGACCACAUCGCCCCUCCAACAGAUUUGAUGACAGCCGAACAAGUCAAACGAGUGGUGAAUGCAUGCCAAAGAUUUGUCUUAUUGCUUGUACGUUUAGUGCAGCCGUGUGAAAAGAAUGCUACAAUUCAUCUCAUGUACAUGCACGAGAAAGAAAAAGGUAUGCUCACCAAACUACUCAACUCUUAUACUGAUUUGUUUGAAGAUCCACAAGGCCUACCACCACAGCGUCCAGUUGAGCAUGAAAUUCACUUGCAAUCUGAUGCCCCUCUACCCAACCUUUCCAUGUAUCGCAAUUCGGUACUUGAGAAUGACGAAAUUAAAAGACAAGUGAUGGACCUGCUGGAGCGUGGAUUAGUGCAGCACAGCAGUUCGCCUUGUGGAUCUCCCGUAGUCUUGGUACCCAAGAAGGAUGGAGGAUGGCACAUGUGCAUUGAUUAUAGAGCACUCAACAAGAUCACAGUCAAGAACCGUUACCCACUCCCUUGCAUCGACGACUUGCUGGACCAACUCAAAAAUGCUCGAUUCUUCACCAAACUUGAUUUAAAAUCAAGAUACCAUCAAGUUUGCAUCCGAGACGAGGACACAUGGAAGACGGCAUUUAAGACGCGUCAAGGACUCUUCGAGUGGAAGGUGAUGCCAUUUGGCCUGUGCAAUACCCCGCCACUUUUAUGCGUCUCAUGA